CCGGUACUGGUGAGUCAGUUGGGGAGGGCAGCUCUCAUCCUGGCUGGUAGUUCAGUGACCUGGUUUUAUGUACUGGAUAAAUUCCACUGGGAGAUGGAACACAGUGGGUUUCUGGCUGGUCUGAUACUGGCUGCCUUUCUUCCCCAAGUGAGCCCCUUCAAGAUACCCGUGGAGGAACUUGAGGACAAAGUGUUUUUAAAUUGCCACGGUGGCAUCAUGUGGCUGGCGGGAACAAUGGGAACACUCUUGCCAAGCAACACAAGUUUGGACCUGGGAAAACGCAUCCUGGACCCACGAGGAAUGUAUCUGUGUAAUGAGACAGAUGAAAAGGUCCAGAAAGUAUCUACUGUGCAAAUUUAUUAUCGAAUGUGCCAGAACUGUGUGGAGCUGGACCCAGCCACCCUUGCUGGCAUCAUUAUCACCGACAUCAUUGCCACUCUGCUCCUCGCUUUGGGAGUCUACUGCUUUGCCGGACAUGAGACUGGAAGGCUCUCUGGGGGAUCUGACACUCAAGCUCUGUUAAGGAAUGAGCAGGUCUAUCAGCCCCUCCGGGAUCGGGAUGAUGCUCAGUACAGCCAUCUUGGAGGAAACUGGUCUAGGAACAAAUGACCCUGGCACUGGCGUCUUCUAGAAGCAUCAGUUAUCAACUGUACCUUCUUCUUUGCUCAGACAAUAAAAAUACCUUCUUUCACUCA